GCGAUGGAGAUCACCGUGUCCACGCCGAUCGACUUCAGCGUGUCCGUCAAGCGCGCGCAACCGUCGUCCGCCGUCCGGACGUGCUCGUCGUCCUCGUCGUCGUCCUCGUCGCCGUCCGCGGCCGUCGGUUGCAGCGCCGGCGGCGGCGGCGGCGUUGGCGGUGACGGCGGCAACGGAUCGUCCACGUCCGCGGCCGCGUCCAGCAGCGACAACAACAACCACCGCCAUCACCACCUGGGCCCGUCGUCGGCCCUAUCGCCCGCUGGCCUGCUCAAGUACAUGCAGCACGACCAUCACCAGCACCACCAUCACACCGGCGGCGGCGCAGCCAUGAGCGUGGUGGCCGCGGCCGUCAACGGGCACCACCAUCACGGGACCGCCGGCGGAGGCGGCAGCAGCGCGUUCCGCCUGGUCACGCCGAAAGCCAAACACAACGAUUGCAUAAAGUUCGGCAUCAGCCGUCUCGUGGAAAAAUUCAACGACGGCCAUUCGGCAUACGACACGUCGUACGCGAACAACAACAACAACAUCACCAAGAGUCUCAACGAACCGGAGACCGAUCACCGUCGCGGCGGUGACGACGAUGACGAACGCGAAGCGAAGAUCCGGUGCACCAGGGAGCUGGCGGCCAAGAUCUGGUCGCCGUUGCGCAGCCCGUCGUCGCCGUCCACGUCAUCCGAGCUGGACGUGGAGAGCAGACCGGCCACUUCGCCGGAUAUCGACGUGACCAAAUGCACCAGCCCGCCACCGCCGCCGCCGCCACCUCAGCCCGCUGUGAUGGUCGUAUCCAAACCGCCUGCUCCGCCGACGAUCGUACAACCGGUGAAGAACUCGGAGGCGUUCAGCGUGAGCGCGCUUCUCAAGCCGGACGCGCCCCGGUCCAGGCAACCGUUCAACCAUCACCACCACCAUCAGCACCAACAGCACCAACAGCACCAGCAGCACCAGCAGCAACAGCAGCAACAGCAGCAGCAGCAGCAGCAGCAGCAGCAGCAGCAGCAGUCGGUAGCAAACAUGGCCGCCGAGACCAUAUCGGUCACCAGAUCGCUGCUGUAUCCGACCGUCCAGUUCCCGGACUUGAUCAAGGACACCCGGAAGGAGGUGCACCUGCUGCCGUCCACGGCCAACUCGCUGCUCCAGAAACAUUUCUCCGGGUUCAGCUUUCACCCGCACUUCUACUCGGCCGCCAACAUGUUGAACCCGUCCGCGAGUUCGCCCGAACACGGGACCGGCGACGUGAACACCGACAACAAUCACAACCUGCUCACCAGCUCGUUGUACCUGAGCCUAGGUGCCGUCCAGGCCGCGGCCGCAGCCGCCUUCGUCCACCCGUUGUCAGCCGCAGGUAUGACUUCACCGGCGACGAAUCCUUUCCAUUCGUCGAGUCAACAGACGUCCAGUGGCGUGGUAUCACAUCCUUCAGCCGAAGACAUGAUGAAAUUGCGACAGCAGUUCGCACCUGGUGCCAAUCAACCCCUCGCCGCCGUACCACCAUCGGAUCCCGGCGGCCAUCUUCGCCAUCAUCACAUGCUGAUGAGGGGCUCCGUUUUUGGUGACGUAUACUCGUGCAUCAAAUGCGACAAAAUGUUCCCAACUUCACACGGUCUGGAAGUGCAUUCCAGGAGGUCUCACAACGGAAAGAGGCCGUUCUCCUGCGAGCUGUGCAACAAAUCGUUCGGGGCCGAGAUAAGCCUAAACCAACACCGAUGGCUCUGUUGUCGAAGGUCGGCGCACAACGUGGAAAAACUGUUCGAAUGCAAACAGUGCGGUAAAACGUUCAAGAGGUCGUCCACUCUGUCCACGCAUUUACUGAUCCAUUCCGACACCAGACCGUAUCCAUGCCAGUUUUGUGGUAAACGGUUUCACCAGAAAUCAGACAUGAAAAAGCAUACGUACAUACACACCGGCGAGAAACCGCACAAAUGUCAGGUGUGCGGCAAGGCGUUCAGCCAGUCGUCCAACCUGAUCACGCACAGCCGGAAGCACACCGGGUACAAACCGUUCGCGUGCGACCUGUGCGGCCGGGCCUUCCAGCGCAAAGUCGACCUGCGCAGGCACAAGGAAACGCAACACACCGAUUUCCGGUCCGGAAGUCUCACGUAAAGGGCGGACCAGACGACGGCGACGACGACACCGCCGCCGCGGAACGUUGUCGCGCGAACCACCGCUGCAAACCGCUGCCCCGCAAGUCUUAUCCGUUUUCCUCCGGUACCGUUACAACGAUACGCAUCAGCCGCGCGUGUAAAUGUACAAAUCAUCAUUAUCAUUAUUAUUAUUAUUAUUAUUAUUAUUAUUACUAUUAUUAUUAUCAUUAUCAUUAUUAUUAUUAUUAUUAUUAUUAUUAUUAUUAUUAUUGUGUACAUGACGUGCAUAACGUGUACGCUAUUGUUUUCUUCUUUCUAUUCUACCGUUUUGUUUCAACAACGUUCGAACGUUUUCGGUCCGCCGUCGAAAUGAUUCGGUGACGAGAAUCCGUAAUACCGUUGUUAAAUAAUAUCUGUCUCCGAUGUGCAUUCGUAAUCCUAAUCAACGCCGUACGUCGGUGACCGUGUCUCGCGCGUACGCACAUAGGUUACACUUAUUAACCGUACACGUCUUAAAUAACUAUAAUUAAUGUUCUGUGUUUACAUUUAUAUAUACAUACAUCGUAUAGUACAUAUUUUAUUAUACGAACGUGCUUUUAAUAAGAUUAUUAUAAUACGUAGCUGUGUUCUUGUUUUCGUACAACACGUGUCCUUAUUAUUUAUUUACGUAAUUAUCAUUACUAUUAUUAUUUACUAUUUUUUUUUUUUUUUUUACCCUAAAUAGUUACCUGUAUUGUCUAAAAUAUGCUUAUCGUACGGAUAAUUUU